UUGCGCCAGUAGCGUCUACGGUAUCCAUGACGAUAUUACCUAAACAAAGCAUAACGUUCAAGCACUGUUGAAGCUCCUGUCGUGUUUUCUUUCCUUUUCUGCUGAUUUGAAGAACAUGCGUGUACAUGUGUGAUACCUCGUUUUCUUCAUUCAUGUUUAUGGUAUUUUAGUAGCUAAGUGAAUAAGAGUUUGGAACAGGGAGUUCCUGUUGUUGUAUCAACUGUCACAUCGAUCCAAUGGCUUUGUGGAAGGGACACAGGCGAGAGCUGGGACAGACAAGUACAGGCGUCGGCCAUAUGUAUGUGCAGCCCUUGCCUUUUUAUGUGGAGAGUCACAAGGGUGCAUCUCUGCCCCCUCUGUUCCAGCGUUCUCCCCUGGUGUCCACCAGCAGUCACUUCUCUGUCACCUCACGCUUGGAGCAUGACAGGAAGCCUCAGACGGGGCCCCUGGCCAACACACUGCACCCACGUGCCCCUCCACACUGGAACACACACUUCCUCAAUGAGCUGGCACAACAGCUCCGGGACUGUGGGACAGUGCGCCUGCUCUCUAAGCCAAUCAGUGAAAUGCAGGACAACUACAGGGGCCAGGCUGCUCCACAUGGCCCCCUGCUGGACCACUACUGCACCCUGCUGGCACUUUAUGGACAGCUUGAUCCAGGCCAGACCCCGACUGUGACAGCAGAUCCUUUAGUCAGCACAGCUCAUGCAUACUACAGGCGCUUUAGCAGGUCAGAGAUUGCCCCUUCCUCUGGUCUAGAAGCCCCUUCCUCUUACCUUAGCCUGAACAAGAGCUCCACCCACAGCCGCCUGCCGGGCCACAAAGCCCCUCCCACCAUGUCCUGCCUCCCUUGGCUGCCCCGCCCCUCUGUGCCCUUACCCUAUGGAGGGAAACACAGCCUGUACAGGGACAGCUUCCGUGUGCCUGCCCCUCACCCUGCUCCCUCUGGUCCCUCGCCUGUUGCAAUCCCAGACUGGCGACAAGCCGGGACUGAAACUAGGGCUGGAGGAGCUAAGAGAGGGCUUCUCAGGGACAUCGUGGAGGUACCCAAAAUGUACCUGACAGAGAACCGGGUCUAUGGGGGGAACCGGACCGUACUGGUCUGAGACCGCGCCGGACCGUGCUGGUACGUGUGUGUGUCAGAAAGACAAUAACAUGUGUGUAUUUUGCCAGAUGUCACCAAGUGCAAUCUAAUUUAUACAAGGACCAUGACCCCACUUUGGAGUCAACCGUCCCAGUGUUUUUUUGUAACUAUUUAUCAAAGGCCCAAUAAACAGGCAGGGUUUGAAGAAGACGAUGUGAUGCAUGACCACGUGGUCCCAAGAGACACAACAUAUUUCAGGGAGUUGUAGGACAAAGGCUGCGAAGGCUGAGCUGAGAUCAGUUUGGGCAUUAGUGUUUCUUAUUGUUAAUGUUUUAAUGGGAGCGGGCUAAGCUGGUCCAAUAUCUGUGUUUAGGGGGUCCUUCAGUCUGGAGCUAGAGAGAGAGACCAGGGCAGUAUACUGUAAAUACUCAAUGUAUGUAUGUAUGUAUGUAUGUAUGUAUGUAUGUAUGUAUGUAUGUAUGUAUGUGUGUGUGUCAGGGAGAGAGAAAUGCUGAGUAGGUUAGAGGUUAUUUUGGCAUCAUCUCACAAAUUACCCUCAGAAUCCACUGGAGUCCCUCCGUUUUUUUUCUCUUCCGCCCACCUGCUCUCUCGCUCUUUCACUCUCCUCCCCCUCGUUCCUCCCUCCGGCAACACGCCAGACGGAAAAAGAGAGACAGAGAGAGAGAUGGAGGGAGAGAGAGAGGGAAGAGAUGGAGUAGGGUUAGAUAAACAUGCGUAUGUUUAUACACCUCUACUCCAUCUCUUCCCUCUCUCUCUCUCUCUCUCUCCCUCCAUCUCUCUCUCUGUCUCUCUUUUUCCGUCUGGCUUGUUGGGGCAAAUAAGGAGGUUAAUACAUACAUACAACAAAUACAUUAGGAAUGAUGUACACUUAGCACCAAUUCAGAAAGAGAGGUAGAUCUACGGUAGGGGAGAGAGAGGGAAAACGACAGAGAGAGCAUUCAGAUAAGCAAGUCAGAGAUGUACAGACUCAGCUGACAGAAUCAUUGCUUACCACAUCUGUGUAUUUGUGUGUGUAGGCCUAAGUGCAACAUAAUUGAUCUGCUAAAAAUACAAAUGGAUUUAAUAGUUACACUAACUACCUGUAUUUGUGUUGCAAGUGACUUGCCCAGAUUCAAUAAUUUAUCUGAACAUGUAUUUGAAUAUCAGGCUGUGCAUUAAUUAAAGGUUGUUGGCAGCUCUAUAAAAUAAACUCAGCAAAAAAACAAA